UGGUCAGUGGUGGCUGUGGCAGUGGUAGGCGAGGGCAAAAUGUUCAAGUUUCUAAUCUUUGCGGUGCUGGUGACAGCGGCAGUAGCGCGGCGGUCGCCCAAUGCCGACUUCGCGGAGAAGUACUUCCAAAAAUACGGAGGCAGAUACUCGACCGACGUGAUUGAAGAUGCACUUCUCGAUGUCCCUGACCUAAUUACCAAGUACCGCUAUCCAGUGGAAGUACACAAACUGGUUACAAAGGAUAAAUAUGUUCUGGAACUACAUAGAAUCCCUCACGGCAGAGACAAGAACAACCAGCCCGACCCCAAUAAACCGGUUGUCUUCAUCAUGCACGGUCUUUUGUCUUCGUCAGCUGAGUUCGUUGUUCUGGGACCUAGGAGAGCUUUAGCUUAUAUUCUCGCUGAGGCUGGCUACGAUGUAUGGAUGGGAAACGCCCGUGGCAACUAUUACUCUAGGGAAAAUCUUGUUAUGAGCCCGAACGAUCGGCGUAACGCCGACUUCUGGAGAUUCAGUUGGGACGAGAUCGGUAAUAUUGAUUUACCUACCUUCAUUGACUAUGUUCUGGAGGUGACUGGCAAAUCUAAAUUGCAUUACAUCGGGCACUCGCAAGGCUGCACCGCCUUCCUUGUCCUCAACUCUUUAAGACCUGAAUACAACGAGAAGUUCCUAUCGUUUCAAGCUAUGGCGCCUGCUGCAUUCUUCAUAUAUAAUGAGAUGGAUCUACUCCGAAAUUUGGGACCAUACGAGGCACCUGUUAAGGAUAUUACUUAUGGGGUAUUGAAAGUUGGCGAGGUAUUAGGUAAAAAUGAAGUUACAACAUGGAUUAUUGUACAUUUAUGCCGGGAAGGCACCCCGUUUCACGACUAUUGUACCACUAGAAUCAAAGGAGAUAAUGAGCCUUAUAUAAAUUCUACUUUAACACCUUUAAUCCUCGGACAUGCACCAGCCGGAUCAUCACUGCUCCAGCUCGGACACUUCAGCCAAUGCUACAACAGCAAAGAUUUCAGAAGAUAUAACCAUCUACCAAUCAAGAAUAUUGAGCGUUACGGUCGCCCAGUACCGCCUUCCUACGACCUCUCCCAAAUCACCACGCCUGUAUACAUCCAUUAUGGAUUGGGAGACAUCGUGACAGGAUAUAAGGACACCUAUCAUCUAGCUAGCAAAUUACCCAAUCUGGUUGGUAUGUAUGAAGUGAAAAGACCGAGUUUCAAUCAUUUCGACUUUGUCUGGGGCGUAGAUGCUAGGGAGCAAGUGUAUGAUACUAUCGUCGGUAUUCUACAAGAACUAGAUGGGAAUAAACAAUGAGAAUGAAGCAUUUGAAUGUAGUAAAAUUAUAAUUUAAAAUAAUAAAAAAAAAAUAUUUAUCAUAAUAUUGAUAUUUUUUUUAUUUGAUCUGGUUAGGAUACUAUAUAUGUAGGUAGAUACAAAAGUUGUGAUUAAAAAAAUGAUGUUACUAUUUUAGUGUUAAUACUUACUAAUUUGCAUACAUAUAUACUAUUAUGUGUAAGUUAGUACCUGUAUUGACUUUGCACAGGUGCAAUUUGUAAAUAUAGAAGUCCUGUAAAACAAUAUGUAAAUAAUCGUGAAAAUUAUAUUAAAAUCUGUUGUAUAAUUUAAAAGAAGUAUUUUUAUCCCCUAUAAAUACAUAUAACUUCUGAGAUGAUGAUGAUGACGCUGAUGAAGGGGAUAAAGUGAUAGAUGUAAACAGCGAUUCUGCUUUAUUUACUUAAUUUUUAAUAAAGUAAAAAAAAAAAAUUAUUACAUUUAUUGUUAUCGUUUGUUGUUGAUUUGGUACUUUGUCGACUUAUUGGUUUUCAAUAUAGUUGAGGACAAGUCUGUAACUAUCACGCGGAUUGUUAGUUGUGUUUUUAUUACCAGAAAGUCAGUAAGAAAUUAAUUUUUCAGUCACAGAGGUUUAUAAUAUGGCUUACUUUAGGUCUCUUAAACUAAGUGGUAUUUUUUUCCUUAUUUGGCUUUGACGUUUUGUACUGCCAUUAGCUAUUUCCAAAUAUAAAAAAAGAUAUAUAAAUUGUAUAGAUUUAUUUCAUAUAGGUUGAUUAUAUGUAUCUGUGUUUGAAUUAUGUCUGAUUGUUUUACAAUGUUACUUAAUUGUAUUACAAUUAUUUUGGAUUUUUU